UCCCACUGGUUUUUGAGUAUUAUGAUUCCUGAUGUCAGAUUUGUGUCCAUUAAUUCUUUUGCGUAGAUCAUAAUACUGUCUGGACCUCCGGCCUGGGCUCCUCGGCCCUUCGCUUGGGACACCCACGAGUCUGAGUCCAAAGUGUUCCCCGCCCGUCCCCGUCUAGUAGCAUCCAUCACAGUCCUGUUCUCACAGACACCUGCACCCAGAAAUCCUCCAACUUCUGCCCAGCCCCGCGGAGCCUCCUGGGGCCUGGAGAGUGACAGAAGCCAAGCGUUAUGACCUAUGGUGUUGGUGUAAAUUUCACCCCCCCACGCACAUACACUCACGUCUCCUGUUGUUUUUAUUCACUCAGCUUCUCCAGCGACGGAGGUGAUCGUAAAUACUGCGACCGCCACCCCACCCCCGACAGCUGCCCAAAGUCCGGCGAUGCCAGGCACCACCUCUGCAGCGCACGCCCCAGGCGAGCCAACUGGAAUCACAGAUACAGCCACUACUGCAGAGACAGUCGUGUUUCUCACUCGUCUUGUGACCAACAGCCCAGAUGAGACACAGCAAACAGUGGGCACCAUUAUCAUAGUGGAAACACUCACACCUGGCCAUGCCGGAGGUGGGCCCACCCAGGCCUCAGUUUCCCUUCUAGGCAUUAGCCCAGCUACGGCCUCUGCAACAGCCGUCAGCACUCCACUAGAAGAGACAGUCGGUGUUUCUGGUCAAGCAGCUCCCACCACAAAUGCAGCAAGUUCCACCCCCAUGGCAGACAUGCCGACAGCUGUCUUCUCGACCCUGGCCCCAGAGGAGACCUGGAGUACGGUGGGCUCCUUCAGUACAGCAGAGCCAUCCAGAGGUGUCCCCAUGACGACCGAGCUAGCUGACAGUACAGCAGCCACGCAUGCCACUGUCACGAGACGCCCAGCAGAGACUGAAACGACGGUGAUCAGCAUCGUACCAGCAGACGCUGCGACAGCCACCCCUGUCAGCACCACCCUUCCCAGUGCCAUAGCAACCUCUGCAACACCCACGGAAACAAGUACCGCAGCAGAGACCACCAGGCCUGCCUCUGUGCCAACUACCCCCAGUGCCACCAUGACGAGAGGGGGUCAGGCUGUAGUAGUACAAACAUUCACCACUGUCUUUUUCUCUAUCCCAGCUGAGCCCUCAACAGCAGAAACCACCGGCACGACUGCAGCAAAACAGACACUGGCAACUGCCUCUGACCCCUCUUUCGUAGUCAGAACCGUAACAGAAUGGGAGACAGCAUCCGGCGAAACUGAAACUACAGUGAGCAUCACAACAGCAGCGGGGAGCACGAUGGCACAGCCUGACCCCAGUGUCUCGGCGGGGAGCACAGGAACAGACCCUGCAGCUCCAGCGCUCUCCACCACAGACCCUCCCACCCCAGCGCCCAGUGAAACUCCAGCUGUACCGGCCACCACGACAGCAGCCACGGCCACUGGAGCAGCCACUGUCACAAGCCAGCACGUUCCAAGCACAGCCGCCGAAGCCACCACCCCCACAGCAGAGGCCAGCCCAGCAGCCCCACCUAUAGUGCAAUCCACACCAAAUGCAACCCCAGCUUUACUGACCACCACCUCGGCAGCAGAGACCACCAGAGCCACUCCUGACAUCACCCCACCCCUUGGAACCACAAAGACAGCAACCCCGACCACAGCAACCCAGGCUGUCCCCACGCCAGCUGACACGACACCCAUGGCAACUCUGACCAGCGCAGGAGAAACCACCGCAGCAACUCCAACAACCACCGCACCCCUGGAGACUGCUGCAGGAAGAGAGACACUCACAACAGCCUCUGUCGUUGCCACGCCAAACACAACCACAACUCAAGGGGCUGUCCCCACAGCGACAGAAACCAGCCCUUCAGUGCUUGUCACCCUCACCCCGCCGAGGGUGACUACCACGGCUGUUCAGACCACCGCACCAACGUCUGUCACCGCGUCCCCAAUGGAAACAGCAUCAACAGUGGGCUCCAGCACAGAAACCACCCCGGUGGCCAACAGCCCCACUGGUGUGUCGAGUACUGCAACAAGCGAGAGCACAGCCCCAGCUCCUCGCACCACGGCAGCAGAAAGGGGAACUUCAACGGGCACCAUGACAGAGACACUCAUCACCAGCACAACAGCUAAUACCACAACCGCCGUCAGCACCACUGCAGCAACAGAGGUUCCCCAAACACUCCGUACUACCACCGUCCCAGCUGGAAACACAACGGUUACAUUCCCAGCUACGGGAGGAGGGACAAACACAACCGCACAGGAUACCCCCCCACCGGCUCUAACUACACCUAUAGUGCAAUCCACACCAAAUGCAACCCCAGCUUUACUGACCACCACCUUGGCAGCAGAGACCACCAGAGCCACUCCUGACAUCACCCCACCCCGUGGAACCACAAAGACAGCGACCCCGACCAUAGCAACUCAGACUGUCCCCACGCCAGCUGACACGACACCCAUGGCAACUCUGACCAGCGCAGGAGAAACCACCGCAGCAACUCCAACAACCACCGCACACCUGGAGACUGCUGCAGGAAGAGAGACACUCACAACAGCCUCUGUCGUUGCCACGCCAAACACAACCACAACUCAAGGGGCUGUCCCCACAGCGACAGAAACCAGCCCUUCAGUGCUUGUCACCCUCACCCCGCCGAGGGUGACUACCACGGCUGUUCAGACCACCGCACCAACGUCUGUCACCGCGUCCCCAAUGGAAACAGCAUUAACAGUGGGCUCCAGCACAGAAACCACCCCGGUGGCCAACAGCCCCACCGGUGUGUCGAGUACUGCAACAAGCGAGAGCACAGCCCCAGCUCCUCGCACCACGGCAGCAGAAAGGGGAACUUCAACGGGCACCGUGACAGAGACACUCGUCACCAGC